AUGUCCGUUAUGCGCCAUGGAGGAAGCGGCUUCCUCCAGCGCCGCCUUACGAAGCUAUAUACAGAUACGAAGACCUCAUGCGAAAGUGUGACGACCGCCUCCAAGGCUCUCGACGACCCGGAGCUGGUGGCGCUACACCAGAGCUUCCAGAAACAGCGGGACCGAUUGCUGUCGUGGGGUCUAGAUUGGAGCGAUGCGAGCGCCGCUCAGCCGAACGAUAUCGAUGAGUCGUUGACCGCGGCCGGUUUCAGCGAUGUGGUGGAGAGUGUUAUGUCCACUAUCCAAGAUUUGCUUAAUGAUGCCGAACGUGUUCAGCAUAUUGAGGCGCGUAUGCCAUCCAAAGAGCACAAGGUCGAUCUGCCCUCGAAGGAUACUCUGGGGAGCCGGCCUCUCAAGACACAAUGGACGGACGAUGAUAUCAGUCGGUCGAAGACUAUAUUGAGUGACUUGACAGCAUGUAUCGAUACUUUAUAUGACCUGUCCACUUCGCGCCGAACGAUGGCGUCGAGCAUGUCGUCAAGCAAGCAUAGUAUGGCCGGCCGCCGUUCGAAAACCCACCCUCUUCCUUCCCACGAUAAAUCAUAUGGCUCCUUCUCCGACUCCAAGCAGAAGAUCUACAGCCCGAAACAAACUUAUAUGGAGCGACCCACGAUAACAGCCCUCCGCCGUAUGAGCAAAUUGCAGCUUCAUCAAAUUCCCGUGUAG